UUGCAACGAGUCGUCACCGCAGCAGCCGGCAUGCUGAAGGAGAACAAGGACAACGCAUCAAAAGCAGCACGAAUGAUCAUGGACGCUCUUCUCUGGGAAGGCAUCAACAAGCUUUCAAGAUCCGACCGAGAUAUCAUACUCGCCAAGGAGCACUUGAUCAGCUGUCUUUUUGCAUCCGGCGACUUUUCACGUGCUGAGGACUUCAGUCGCGAAGUCGUAGCUGCAAGGAAGGCAACAAAACCGACAGAUCCGCUGCUUAUCAGAGACGCCCAACAGAAGCUCGUUCAUACCCUGCUUGAAAUCGCCAUGCAGCACAAAGAAGGGAACAAUUUGGAAGACGCCACCCGAGUGAAUAACGAAGCGCUAGACCUGGCCCUCAGAAACAUGGAUAUCCAAGAAAACACCAAAGUCAGCGACGAUGCACUGGAUGUGCUACAUUUCUGCGACGAGCUGCUCGAAUACGAGUCCAGCCUACCCACAGAACGAACAAGGCUUCUCGAGAUCAAGAUCCGCGCAUUACAGAAAGCCGGCAGCGACCAAAGCGUUGAUGACCUGAGAGAACUCACCUUGGAGAGGCUGAGGCUAACAGGCCUUUAUGUCUUGGAGCUUAAGGACAAGAGGCGCGGAAAUGAAGUUUACUCCAAUGUCCAGUCCAGCAUCGAGGCGUUCCGAACGGCUGUACCAUAUGAGAAAGACGCCGCUUGCAAUUUCGGGAACACAAGGGCGAAUGUCUCCCUACCAGCCAGAAUGGAUGGUGUCUUCAAAAUAUUCGCAUGCGAUCACAAGGGCAACGCUUCCACGAUGAACCCACAACCACUAUCAUCAAAUAGAGACUACGGCUUCAGCAUUCUCGGCUGCGAAAUUGAGUCUACGUGGCCUAUGAAAUUAAGGGAGGAGAGCGAGAAGACAGGCCUCAAGAUAGUUGAGAAGCCCAAACCUGGUGGUCUUUGGACGACAAUGUCCGGAACUUCAUUCGCAACUCCGAUCGCAGCUGCUCUCGUGGCGAUCACGUAUCAGUUUCAUGACGAAAACACAGUUCGUAUGGACUUCCAGCCAGGCGUCGAGAUGAAGAGACCAGAGACCGUCAAAGCCGUUCUGUUGAGGAUGAGCUUGUUACCGGGGAUCAACGGCUACAACACGUUGAUGCCAACUGUGGGCAGGCAAAAUCAUUUCAAGUUUCAACCUGGAAGAGGCAAGCCGAUGCUUUCCUUCUUUGCCGACAAGUUGAGUGACAUAACUUGGGAUGACCUCUAG